CGCCUAGUCAGCGCCGUUUUGGGCCGGAAAUGGUCAAACCCGACCCGCCACGUCACUAUACCCGCCACAUAUUAAACCCAACCCAAUCCAUUAACCCAACCCGACCCAGAAACAAACCCUAACCCACCUAACCAGACCAGAGGCCACUUAAACAAAUCAAAAUUGAUUGUUUCCAUUACAGACCCUUCUCCUUCCUCGAGCUCUUCCCGAGCUCUUCCCCUUCGCCAUUUUCGAUCAAACCAAUCUGAGAGCAGAGAGCAGGGAGAGAUGAAGCCAUAUUAACGCUACCCCCUUGACCCCUUUGUCCCAGCAAUCGGUUAUCGGAAGAAGGGGCCAGAUAGAGAGAGAGAGAUCACGAUCCGAACAAAACGAUCCAAAUGCAGAAAACCACUCUUUCCCACACAACAAACAGACUCUGAAGCAACACAGAGAAAACAGAGGCAAGACUCCCCAAAUUCUCCCACAUCCCCCUCCAAAUUCCACCAAUGGCGUCCUUUGAUUCCUUCGGCGUCGAAGGCGAACAACCGGUCCUCCCCUCCGCCGCCCACGUUCCUCCGCCGUUCGUCGACGACGAUGACCAGGGCUUCAUGUCCCACCACCACGACCACAAUUCCUCCCACCAUUUCGACGACUCCUCUGCUGCUGGCUUCUUCUCCGCCUCCUCGCCCCCUCCCCCGCCUUCAGGGUCGCACCCCAUCUCCGGUAAUUCUCCCGACUACAACGGCGGCGGCGGCCUCGAUUCCCAUUCUCAGGAAAUGUACGGUUUCGGGCCCGCGAACCAGAGCACCGAUUACGGAUCUCCGUUCAACGCGAUGGAGAAUGCAAAUGGUGGAGGUGAAGGUGGAGCGUUAAUAUGGCUUCAUCUCUCCCUGCUCUCUGCUCUCAGAUUGGUUUGAUCGAAAAUGGCGAAGGGGAAGAGCUCGGGAAGAGCUCGAGGAAGGAAAAGGGUCUGUAAUGGAAACAAAUCAAUUUUGAUUUGUUUAAGUGGCCUCUGGUCUGGUUAGGUGGGUUAGGGUUUGUUUCUGGGUCGGGUUGGGUUAAUGGAUUGGGUUGGGUUUAAUACGUGGCGGGUAUAGUGACGUGGCGGGUCGGGUUUGACCAUUUCCGGCCCAAAACGGCGAUGACUAGGCGCUCACGUUAGCCACGUCAGCACAUAACGGAGUCUUUUAACGGAGUUGGACGACAACUAACGGCGAGUGACUAAAUGUGUCCAGUUUUAGUAAUUGUAGUGACCAAAUUUGAUAUUAAAUUUUUACAGUGACUAAACAUGUUCUAAUUUAGUAAUCUCAGUGACCAAAUGUGUCUUUAACCCUUUUAGUUUUUAAGAAAAUACCAAAUGUAAGUACGGGUUCCAUUGUACUGUAAACACAAAUUUGAAUAUCCACCCAAAACAAGUGAAUAAUUAUGGGACUCUAUGGAUUCUGUUUUCUAUCUCUAGUAGUUAUCAGUUCUCUAAUGUGGGCAAAUGAGAUGCAUAUGUAGCCAAUAUAGCUUUCAAACAAAUAUAUGAUAAGUCAUUAAAUUUGUAAUGCAAGCGUGGAGUCCCUUUCAGAUUGAUUGUGAAUUGUGAUUAAUCAUAGUCUUUAUCUUUAUACUUUGAUUAAUCACAUGUGUAAUAAAUUUUUUGAUGAAUUGAAAUGUGUAGUAAAUGUGAAGCUGAACUAACUUUCUUGAUUCCGAGUAGUGUAAAACAAGUAAAUAUAUUGAUACCACAUAAAAUUAGUUUGAGAAUGUUUAUGCAAUUCAUAAAUUGGUAUUCAAUCCCAGAUCAUGUAAGUGCUUUACAACAAAAAAUCAAUCGCGUAUAUUAUGCGUGGGUAAGCAUGAUAUUAGAGCAAAUAUAUUGAUAUAUGGAUUUAAAUAAUUAAUUUUGAUAAAUAAAAUAUUGACAAUGAAUUUUCGUGUAAGAUUUAAUAAAUUAUAAGCAUGACA